AGAAAGUUGGGGAUCGUCGGGCGGUUCUUUCUGGCGGUAAACGUUCAUCAACAUAAGAAGCUCAGAACCCGCAGGCAUGUCCACUACCUCACAGAAGCACAGGGACUUUGUAGCAGAGCCCAUGGGAGACAAGCAUGUCACGGCACUCUCUGGGAUUGGAGGGGUGCUUGGGAAGAAACUAGAAGAGCAAGGAUUUGAUAAAGCAUACAUUGUCUUGGGUCAGUUUCUUGUUCUGAGAAAAGAUGAUGAACUCUUUAUAGAAUGGUUAAAAGACACUUGUGGAGCCAAUUCCAAACAAGCCUCCUCAUGUUACACAUGUUUAAAAGAGUGGUGUGAUUCCUUCCUGUAAGAAAUGUACUGCACCCUGCUUACAGAGUACAUUUUCUGUGGCUGGGUUAACUGGAACUCUUUGAAAACCUCAACCAAUUCCAUCAGACUCUGUCAGUUGUAUGGGCUAAAUACUGGAAUGCUGUUCAACGCUUGGUUUGUUUCUUGUGAUUAAAACAUGACUUUAGUUUUUUUUUUUUUAUGAUGGA